AUGGCCUUACUAGGAGAUCUAGUAAUGGAUGCUAUUCAUAAUCUUAUUAGCCAUUUUGACAAAUUAGCUAUUAAUAUAGUUCAGCAACAACCAGAACCACAACCCAAGCCUGCAUAUAUAGCUGAAAGAGAGUCUAGUAUAAUGGAAAAAGAAAUAAUAGCAAUAAUAGAAGAAGCAACAACCGCUAUAAUGACAAUAGGAGAAACAGAGAAAGAAGCCAAUCUCGAGAUAGAAAUUAUAGAGACCAAAGUCAAUCUUAUGACAGAAAUUACAGAGACAGAUCCAGAAAAAGAAAACAAGCCAAAUCUUUUAGAAGAGCAGAAUAUAGAAGAAAUACACUAUGAUGAUAUAAUCACCUUAGAACAGCCUGAGAUAAGUAAGGACACUAUCUUUGAGGAAAGGAAGGAUGAAGAAAAAGACCAGAUUAUUAAUCAACUAGAAGCCAAAGUCAAUACUUAG